GUAACCAAAGUGAGACAUAACAUAUCACUCAUUUUGCGAGGGGCCGCUGGUUGAAAUAGGGGACUCGAUUCGUUUCCCUUGGGUGCCUCGAAACCGCUUGCUCAAGAAUCCUGCGAUGAAGAUAUCCCUCACCUCUAUCCGCCGACUCGCAUGUGCGUUCGAAUGAAAGACCCCCUCCGAUCUGUGACGACCCAGCGCUUUUGUGAACAUGGCGGAAGACAAUCCCGAUAUUCAGGCCGCUUUGCGCGACCUUGAUAGGGAAUAUGAGGAGGGUGAUAUCACGGAGAAAGGAUACCAGAAACGACGCACCGUCCUUCUGUCGUCAUUCUUCGGACCAAACAAUGGCUUGGAUGUCCAUGCACCUAGCCCAGUGGGCCAAGCUUCAUUCAUGUCUAACUCUUCGAAUACUCCGCCAGCGAUACUAAACGUCCGUCCGCCAACGGCCGAGUCUACGGCUUACGGUGCACACACCCCGUCUUUUUCAGGCGGAUACGAGGGCAUACAGGGCAGCGGAAGUUUCGGGUAUGAACAAAAAUACAGUGGGGAGAUGCAAGAACCAGUGGACGGCAAUGGGACAGCUUAUUAUCAGGGAGACAACUCGAUGCUGCAACCAAUGGAGCGCAUGCAACCAACCGGCUCAUAUGAUUCCCUUUUCCUUCCGAGACCCCAGCCUACCCCGAUGGUUCCAGAGGAUUCAAGGACAGCGACUUUGAUGAGCCAGAAUUAUGCAUUCAACCCCGGCGUCCACUCAGAAUAUAUAGAUGAGCAUGCAGGAGCGUAUGAUGUGGGUGGGUAUGAAAUACCAAUGGCUACGGGCAGGCGACAGUCGAUGAUGCUUGAUGCGCAGCAAGGGUUUUUUUCCGAUUUUGCUGGACAGCAGCACGAUGACUACAGAGACAGCUAUGGAGGCGGCUUCCAUCGGUAUUCCCAAUCAGACGCCUUCUCUCCGACUGCAAAUAUGGCCCCGCCGCUUAUCCCAGCAUCUGACUUACCCCACGGCGCGGCAGUCGACCAUCUGAUUCCCUUGGAACCUCGAGAUAUCCCGUUUGCAGUCAAUGACCCGCACGAUAAGAACAUCCCGAUGUCCAACUUUGAUAAUAUUCCUACGGUUUUGCGGCAUCGGGCACGGGCACAUGCCAAACAGCCUGCCUACUGGGUUCUGGAUCAAAAAGGCAAGGAAAUCGCAUCAAUCACCUGGGACAAGCUCGCCAGCCGUGCGGAGAAGGUGGCGCAGGUUAUUCGCGACAAGAGUAACCUUUACCGGGGCGACCGUGUGGCCUUGAUAUAUCGCGAUUCCGAGGUUAUUGAGUUCGCAGUUGCUCUUAUGGGAUGCUUUAUUGCUGGCGUAGUCGCUGUUCCGAUAAACAGCCUUGAGGACUAUCAGAGUCUUAACUUGGUUCUCACCUCGACUCAGGCGCAUCUUGCAUUGACAACAGAGAACAACCUCAAGAGCUUCCAAAGAGACAUUACAACCCAGAAGCUGAACUGGCCUCGAGGCGUAGAAUGGUGGAAAACCAACGAAUUCGGAAGCUACCAUCCAAAGAAGAAGGACGAUAACCCACCGCUAGUGGUUCCGGAUUUGGCUUACAUUGAAUUCUCGCGGGCUCCUACGGGUGAUAUGCGUGGUGUUGUCAUGAGCCACCGUACAAUUAUGCACCAGAUGGCAUGUCUCAGUGCGAUGAUUUCCACCGUCCCCGGAAACAAGAAUGCGCGCCCUCAGGGCGAAACGAUUAUAAGCUACUUGGACCCUAGACAGGGUAUUGGCAUGAUCUUGGGCGUGCUUCUCGCCGUUUAUGGUGGCCAUACCACUGUCUGGCUUGAAGACCGAGUAGUCGAGACUCCCGGUCUUUACGCUCACUUGAUCACCAAGUACAAAGCAUCACUCAUGGUGGCGGAUUACCCUGGUUUAAAGAUAGCUGCCUACAACUACCAGCAGGACCCAAUGGCGACACGACACUACAAAAAGAACGCAGAGCCCAAUUUUGGAAGCGUCAAGCUGUGUCUGAUUGACACGCUCACUGUCGACUCAGAAUUCCACGAAAUACUCGCGGAUCGAUGGCUAAGGCCAAUGAGGAACCCAAGAGCCAGAGAAAUUGUCGCUCCGAUGCUGUGUCUACCUGAGCAUGGUGGCAUGGCGAUCAGUGUGCGCGAUUGGCUUGGUGGUGAAGAACGAAUGGGGUGCCCACUUACCCAUGAGAUGGACCCAGCAGAACGCCCAGAGGCGAAGAGGGAAGCGGAGGAGGAAAAGAAGGCACAAGAAAAACAGGGGAGUAAAAGUGGAUUCGGAAGUAGUCUGCUGGGCGGUGGAUCGCGGGCACCGGCCCCAAAGGAGCAAGGAAAGACUGAGCUUGGAGAGGUGCUCCUCGACAAAGAAGCACUUAAGAGCAACGAAAUCGUGGUGCUGGCCAUGGGUGAUGACGCUAGAAAGUAUGCUGGGUCAAUGCCACAUGCCGUUCGUGUUGGCUCAUUCGGUUACCCUAUUCCUGAUGCCACACUUGCUGUCGUCGACCCUGAAACCAACUUACUGUGUACUCCGAAUGUCAUAGGUGAAAUCUGGGUUGACUCGCCGUCUCUUUCUGGCGGUUUCUGGGCACUACCAAAACACACCGAGGCAAUCUUCCAUGCGCGGCCAUACAAGUUUGAGGAGGCUAACCCGACGCCUAUCUUGGUGGAGCCUGAAUUUCUGCGCACGGGUCUACUUGGCUGUGUGAUAGAAGGCAAGGUCUUUGUUCUCGGCCUGUAUGAGGAUCGACUUCGCCAGAAGGUAGAAUGGGUUGAGCAUGGACAGGAGGUUAUUGAGCAUCGUUAUUUCUUCGUCCAGCACAUGAUUGUCAGCAUCUUGAAGACACUCCCGAAGAUCCAUGAUUGCACAGCAUUCGAUGUCUUUGUCAAUGAAGAGCAUCUUCCAAUCGUUGUGCUAGAAUCAUAUGCUGCCUCAACUGCACCAACGACGUCAGGCGGUCCUCCACGACAGUUGGACUCGGUUCUGCUAGAGUCUUUGGCGGAACGAUGCAUGGAGGUCCUGUACCAUGAACAUCACCUACGGGUCUACUGUGUCCUUCUCACAGCUCCCAACACCCUUCCUCGUGUUACCAAGAACGGAAGACGGGAGAUUGGCAACAUGCUCUGUCGCAAGGAAUUCGACGCUGGCACGCUGCCUUGCGUGCAUGUCAAAUUUGGAGUCGAGAGAUCCGUCAUGAACCUUCCAGUUGGUAUCGAUCCGGUUGGAGGCAUCUGGUCGCCUACUGCAUUGAUGGCUAGACAAGAGAUGCUGGCCAUGCAAGAGAAGCAGUACUCCGGCGUAGACUACCGUGACGUGGUUAUGGACGAUCGUACCUCUACACCCCUAAACAACUUCUCGAAUAUUGUGGAUCUUUUCCAAUGGCGUGUUUCCCGCCAGUCGGAAGAAUUGGCAUAUUGCUCAAUUGAUGGCCGUGGGAAAGAAGGCAAGGGCAUCACCUGGAGGAAAUUCGAUUUGAAGGUUGCCGCUGUGGCAACCUACCUGCGUAACAAAGUCAAGGUUCGGCCGGGUGAUCAUCUGGUGCUUAUGUAUACGCACUCCGAAGAAUACAUCUAUGCUGUUCAUGCAUGCUUCUGCUUGGGUGUGGUUGUCAUUCCCCUGGCGCCUAUUGACCAGAACCGUCUCUCAGAAGACGCACCCGCGUUCCUUCAUGUUAUCAACGACUUCAGCGUCAAAGCCAUCAUUGUCAACAGCGAUGUCGACCACGUUAUGAGACAGAAGAUUGUCGCCCAGCACAUCAAGCAGUCGGCGCAAGUUCUUCGGUUGGGGGUGCCGGCUAUCUACAACACCACGAAGCCCUCGAAGCAAUCGCAUGGCUGCAAAGAACUCGGCUAUACCGUGAGAGACACUUGGCUCCAGGCAAACCAGCCGGCAAUGAUCUGGACCUACUGGACGCCGGACCAGAGAAGAAUCUCAGUCCAGAUUGGUCAUGAUACUGUCAUGGACAUGUGCAAGGUGCAGAAGGAGACAUGCCAGAUGACUAGUUCGAGACCGGUAUUGGGUAGUGUGCGCAGCACCUUAGGUCUCGGUUUCCUUCACACCUGCUUGAUGGGUAUCUAUGUCGGAGCGCCAACAUACCUUGUGUCGCCGGUCGACUUUGCGCAAAACCCCAUGUCGCUGUUCGUUAGUCUUGCAAGGUACAAGAUCAAGGAUACUUAUGCAACUGCCCAGAUGCUGGACUAUGCUAUGAGUGCAAUGGCUGGAAAGGGUUUCCAACUGCAAGAACUGAAGAACUUGAUGAUCUCUACUGAUACCCGUCCACGACCUGAUAUCUACCAGAAAUUACGCCUUCACUUCGCCUCUGCCGGCUUAGACCGGACUGCUAUCAACAUGGUGUAUUCGCACGUGCUCAACCCCAUGGUCGUGACAAGGUCAUACAUGUGCAUUGAACCUGUCGAAGUGUGGCUCGAUAUUCGGGCUUUGCGUCGCGGACUUGUCAUUCCUGUCGAUCCGGAUUCAGACCCGACUGCCCUGCUCCUUCAAGACUCUGGAAUGGUGCCUGUGAACACUCAAAUAGCGAUUGUCAACCCCGAGACCUGUACACUGUCCCAUGUUGGCGAAUAUGGUGAGAUUUGGGUCCAGUCUGAUGCCUGUGCCAAGUCCUUCUACGGGUCGAAGCAAGAUUUCGACUCGGAGCGAUUCAAUGGUCGGAUAAUUGACGGAGACCCCAGUGUACCCUACGUCCGUAUGGGUGAUCUUGGAUUCCUUCACACGGUGACUAGACCUAUUGGUCCCGGUGGCCAGCCUGUGGAGAUGCAAGUCCUGUUCGUGCUUGGGGGAAUUGGUGAGACCUUUGAGGUGAACGGUCUCAAUCAUUUCCCCAUGGAUAUUGAGAACUCGGUCGAGAAAUGCCACCGUAAUAUUAUGCCUGGUGGAAGCGCUGUAUUCCAAGCAGGCGGCUUGAUCGUCGUUGUCGUCGAAGUGACAAGGAAGGCCUAUCUGGCAUCUCUCGUCCCAGUAAUUGUCGAUGCGGUUCUGAACGAGCACCAAGUGGUCGCAGACAUUGUGGCAUUCGUUUCCCAGGGCGAUUUCCCUCGCUCUCGUCUGGGUGAGAAGCAACGCGGUAAGGUUCUGGCAUCGUGGGUGACCCGCAAGCUGCGGACCAUCGCCCAAUUCAGCAUCCGUGACGUGGAAGGUCCUGAAGACCCUCUUACAGAAGCACCGCAGCAUCGGAUGAGCCGGAGUUCCAAACCCCCGAGCAUUAUGGGUAGCUUGCGGCGGUCUGUGAUGGUACCAGAGCACGAGGCUGUCGGGACCAUUCGCUCGCCAGCACCUGUGCCGGAGGAAUAUCCCGUUUACACUGGCUACGACGAGGAGCAGCAGCAUCAACCACAACCACAAAUGGAACCCUCUAUUGCCUCUAGCAUUCCCAUUGUCUCCGAAGCACCCCCCUCAGUCCCACAAAUCGCAGAACCAACUGCACCACCGCCAAAACCACCAAAGAUUGCCACAGACGAAACCUACCGGCCAGAAAAUGCCGGCACCCCCACAACAAUCGAGCAACCCGAUCUCGGCUUCAACUUCGGCGACUUUGCAAACACCACAGGGGGCGCCCAUGGCCACGGCCCUGAUCCAGAACACAACAAUCAACCCCAGGGUCAACCACAAUCCCUGCCCAUCCGAACCGCCUCCCUUUCAAACCUCUCCAACCAGCAAAGGCGCUUCAGCAGCAUCCCAGGUGGCACCGAACAGCACUUCAGCAAUUCCCGACCAGGAUCGCGGGACGUCAGGUCCCAGCCUGAGACUGUGGAAGAAGAUUUUGAGGACUGGCCUCAAGAGGCUCUCAUGUACCAGUCCGCCAUGGGCCACGAUGAUGGCCAGGGCGACUUCUACAGACGCCCAAGCCACGGUAGUGGAAUUGCACGGACGACAGCGUAUGAUGGGAGUGGGUAUGGGUAUUGAGAGUUAACAGGGUAAGUUGAGCUUCAACUUUGCCGAAGCUCAUCGUACAUAUUGCCAUUCUGUCUAAUUUCUGUUUGUUUCUGUUCCGUCAUAUCUCCCUCAUUGUUCUUCGAUAUACUAUUUCCUUCUAAUGUAUUUCCCCAUUCUGCGUUCCGUGUUCUCCAUACAUUGAAUUUGGUUCUGUCAGGUUCAUCAAGACGCUCGUUCUAUACCCAUGGUGAAAUAGCAUGUCGAUUUCUUCGUACAUACUUUCUUCCACCCUUGCGAAAGAAAACAGAAAAGACUUGUUUUCUUUUUCCUGCGUAUCUAUCGAUCAUGUUGCAUAUAGCUGCUGGUUAUUUACUUGCAUAUACAUAUCUGUUUAGAAUUGCUGAUUAGAUUCAUGGUAUUUAAUCUAUCUUUUCAUCAACGCACUUGUGAGAGCUACUGCCCUCUAG